UCGGAAUUUAUGCUCAAAAUUGUAGACGAAAAAUUGUUAAGACCGUUGAUUAUUGGAUACAAUUAUUAGUUUAGAAAAUGGCCGCAGGCUAUGGCACAGAUUCCCGUUACAAGUCCUCCUUACGUCAAAAGUCGGGCAGCGAGUCGAGGCAGAAGGAAAAGCGGAGGGAAUUAAAGCACAGUGACAGCCGAAGUGGCGACUUGAACAGCUCGAGGAAUCGAAGUGGACGCAGUCAAUCCAGUCGAGGAGAGAAGGGGAGUCAGACGAGCUUGAGACUCAAAUCUCCGGGUCGAUUGCACCUCUUUGCUAAUAAAGAAUAUGACUUCGCUGAGCACUUGCUCGAUGAGGACUUUAAACUGAUGAUGGCGAUGUCGCCGAGUCCCGAUGAAGCCUUUUGUCCCAAGUCUGGGGAUUACACUCGUGCCACACUGUGGCACAACAAACUGAAGGACUGGGAAUGCGACACAAUCUACGAGUUACGGAUGCGCCAGAAUUACAUGAGUUACUUCAGUGUCUGCCUCAAUCAGCAGCAGCUGCGAGGCGUAUUUCAACAGGAUCCGCCGGAGAGACUCAUCUGGGUGGACUUUCAGGAGAUGAUCGAUCCGAAUGCCGGUUGCAUGUCGAUGGGCAAUGAAAGUGCCUGGUUGACCAUGAUCAGCAGCAUGUUGCAGCACGAGGGAAGCUGUUGCAGUCAGUCCACAAAAGCUGGACAAUCUCGCACUACGGGCGGUUCAGCUAAACGUAAAUAUCCACAGGGAACUACACUCAAACUGGCCUACAAAUCAAAGCCUAAACUUGUGCCCAAAAAUUUAUCUUCGUCUCAGAGUUCUUCGAGUCCAAUGAGUUGUGAUUCAAAAUAUUGUAGGACUUCUAGCGGCUCGAGUUUGAGUCCUCUUGAAGAACCAAAGAAUUCUGCCCAAAGUCGACAAAGUCGACAUCGUCGUCCCAUCGAUGAUCAGGCUCGUAAGGAAAUGGAUUAUCUGCUGGCGACAAUCAAGAGUGAACUGCGUGGUGAACAGCUACCGGAGCCCGAUGAAUACCUGGAGCUGGAACUGAAAAGAUAUAGAGAAUUCUAUGCACGGCAUCGUGGCAAUGAUCCCGAUUUCAAGUCCAUCACAGCUGCUGUUGAUAGCUCCAAGGAACGCAUUCAUAUGUUGCUUAAUAUGCAAACUGAUUUGAUCAAAUUGUUGACCGAGCAUUGAACUGAAAACAUUUCCUGAAACUCCGCCGUGUGUGUGUGUGUGUUAUGGUGUGUGUGUGUGUUUUAUAUUUUAAAUGCAUUUCCAAUAAAGUUUUAUAUCUGCUAUGAUCAUGUAUUGAUUUUAUGUAAAGAUAAAAUUCUCAUUGAUACAUUUGAAUAAUAAAUUUAUCCUAUAAACUCA